AUGGGAGUGAGUGCAGAUAAGUGUUUUUUUUUCUUCCUUUCACGUUGUCCUUAUCUCUUUCUCUCACCGUGUGUCCGUGUAUAUUUCUUUAAAUAUUUAAAAAAAAUAUCCUUGCGAUACUUUUUCUCCUUGUCACAAACCGACCCAGCGUUACUAUUUCUCCUUGUCACAAACCGACCCAGCGUUACUAUUUCUCCUUGUCACAAACCGACCCAGCGUUACUAUUUCUCCUUGUUACAAACAGACGCAGCGUUAUUUUUCUCCUUGUCACAAACCGAGCCAGCGUUACUUUUCUCCUUGUUACAAACAGACGCAGCGUUACUUUUUUCCUUGUUUUUUCUCCUUGUUACAAACAGACGCAGCGUUACUUUUUCUCCUUGUCACAAACCGACCCAGCGUUACUUUUUCUCCUUGUUACAAACAGACGCAGCGUUACUUUUUCUCCUUGUCACAAACCGACCCAGCGUUACUUUUUCUCUUUGUUACAAACAGACGCAGCGUUACUUUUUUCUCCUUGUCACAAACCGACCCAGCGUUACUUUUUUCUUUGUUACAAACAGACGCAGCGUUACUUUUUCUCCUUGUCACAAACCGACCCAGCGUUACUUUUUUCUCUUUUGUUACAAACAGACGCAGCGUUUUUUUCUCCUUGUCACAAAUCGACUCAGCGUUACUUUUUCUCCCUGUUACAAAAAACAGACGCAGCGUUACUUUUUCUCCUUGUCACAAACCGACCCAGCGUUACUUUUUCUCUUUGUUACAAACAAACGCAGCGUUACUUUUUCUCCUUGUCACAAACCGACCCAGCGUUACAUUUUCUCCUUGUCACAAACCGACCCAGCGUUACAUUUUCUCCUUGUCACAAACCGACCCAGCGUUACUUUUUCUCCUUGUUACAAACCGACCCAGCGUUACUUUUUCUCCUUGUCACAAACCGACUCUAAUAAACUGAGUCUUUCUGCUGUUUCCAGCCCAAUCUUGACUGCCAUUCAUCGAAUCGGGCCUAAAUUUUCUCACGACAAUCAUCUUACCCCGUAUCAAAUAUCCUGUUUUUUUUUUUUUAUACUGACUCCUCCUCUUUCUUCCUCUUCUUCUUCUUCUUCUUCUUCUUCUUCUUCUUCUUCUGCUUCUUCUUCUUCUCUCACCCGUUUUCUUUCUGCCUCCUUUUCACUGGCGAAUGGGGCUUCCUUUCUUUCCUUCCGUCAACUCUCUUUUUCUCUUUCUUAUUUUUUACAGUACCUUUUCUUUUUUCUUUCCUUGUUUUUUAAUUAUUUCUUUUCUCGAAAUAACUUCUCUUUCUUUUUCUGUCUUCUAAUACUUCAAGAUAUCCAUUUUUUCUUUUUUAAUGGCUUUUUAAUUUUUUCCUCGAUAAACUUUUACUUUUCUUUCUUUCUUUCUUUCUUUCUUUCUUUCUUUCUUUCUUUUUUCUUUCUUUUGAUCGACCCCAUCGAUUAUAUCAAUUUAAAAUUUAAUUUAAUUUUUUUUCUUUCUUUACAUCAUUGCAUUCAUAUUUUAUUGCCUUUCUUUUUGUGUUUUUUUUUGGUUGUUUUUUUAUUUGAUACCUAUUUUCCUGUCUUUUAUUCUUUUUUUUUGUCUCUAUUUUUUAUUUCUUCUUCAACUAUCUUUCUUUCUUUCUUUCUUUCUUUUUAUCAAUUUUCUUCUUUUUCUUUUUUUUUAAUUCUGUCACACCCUUCCUACCUUCCUUUAUUUGUUGUUUCAAAUCUUCCAAUUAUUCCUCUUCUCGCAAAUAUCAUUCACUUAUUGAAACACCAACAGCUCCCAUUCCAACCUCACCAAUUCCAUAACGAUUCCUGA